AUGGAGUUGCGUUCUACCAUGUAUCGGUUCUAUCUUAAAUUCUUCAUUGUGUUCAAUAUAAUAAUUUUAAUCUCCUGUAACAAUGAAAAUGAUUUCAUUCGAGAUUACUUUAAGCAUAGAAAAAUCGCUAAAGUGGUCGGAUUUUCUUGUUACAACGUGACGAGCAUUUUUUUGGAUUUAAGAUGCGAAAAUCAAAAUGUUAGCAGGCUUAUCUCAAAAGCAUCAAAGCAUCAUAUGUAUGACGAAGCACACAAAUGGUUGAUCAUAGGUCAUAAUUUAAAAGAAAGUUUGAAGAUCAUAGACGAUAGUAAUUUCAAUAUCGCUACUGAUGUAAUUAUAGCCGAACCAUCGACUAAUGGUUACGCUUUAUACGAUGUUUAUAAUUUAUCUAAAGAUCAUGGUGGAUCUUUGAAAACGAUAUUAUUUGGUACUUGGCACAAAGAAACUGGUUUGUAUGUUACAUUGAUCAAACAAAAAUUUAAUAGAAGAGCAAAUCUGCAAGGAAUGAAACUAAAUGUUGGUGUGCUCUUUGAUCACAAAUUAUCAAAUAUAUCGAUCGAUAAAUAUUUGUUGGAUUACAAUAACAAAUCGAAAGACAGUCAUUCGAAAUUUAUGUAUGCGAUUUUGAUUAAUAUAGCAGAGCUUUAUAAUUUCACAAUGAAUAUUACGAAAAUAGAUCCAUGGGAAAAACGUGGCGGUAAGCGUGGUCCAAUGUUCACAGCAUUCAAAGAAGGUAUAAUCGAUAUUUAUAUAAAUCCAACCAUGAUGAUUACUGAGAAAUUAAAUUAUGGUGACAUCAUUGCUCCAGUUUGGCCAGUACGAACAUGUUUUUUAUUUCGCACAAUUUCAUCGACAAAUUUACGAUUUACGCAAUUCAUACGACCAUUGUCUAUCCAUGUAUGGUACGCAAUGUUAAUAAUAAUAGCUCUUACAGCUUUUAUUUUAUUGAUCGUCUUAAGAAAGGAAGGUUUUCAUGAUUUCAUUGGACUCUGUGGGAUCUCAAUACUUUCUUCCGUCGGAGCUAUAUCGCAGCAAGCUUCAGCUGUGGUACCUUACGGAAUUGGAGGCCGUAUCGCAUUUUUACACAUAAUGUUCUUCAGUUUGUUAAUCUUCAAUUAUUACUCAGCUAGUAUGGUGUCGAAUCGUUUAAGAAAUAUAGAAAAUAAAAUGAAUGAUUCAUUGAUUAGCUUAGCCGAUAGUAAUUUUAAAAUCGCAAUAGAACCUACUGAGUAUAUUAAUUCGUUAUUACAGGAACCAUACAUAGACGUAAAAUAUUUUUAUGAAAAUCGUUGGCUAAACCUUCCUCAAUCAAUGAGAUACUUGCCAAUAGAGAAAGGAUUAAAUCAUGUUGCCAAGGGUGGUUUUGCUUAUCACACGUUAACAGAAUCAGCUUAUCCGUAUAUAGAAAGAACUUUUGAAACUCGUAUGAUAUGCGAAUUAAUGGAAGUUCAUCUCUUUCGAACGACUUUAGGACUUUGGACGAGAAAAAAUGGUCCCUUCACUGAAAUGCUAAGAAUUGGAUUUACGAAAAUGAAUAAUGUUGGUUUACGAGAUCGUGAAUUGAAACGUUGGUCUGCUAGAAAGCCUCGUUGUCCGGCAAGCAUGCUUAUAGCCGAAGCCAUAUCGAUUCAUGAAGCCGCCCCUAUUUUGUUAUUCCUCAUCGUUGGCAUGGUUUUAUCCUUGAGUGUAUGUGCCAUCGAAAAUAUCAUUUUUUGGUUUUGGUCCAAAAGACCAUGCUUUAUGUUACUUUCUACUCCAACGAACAGAAUCAAAUUAGAUUUAUUUCUUAAACCAUUUACAAUAGGCAUUUGGGACACUUAUGCAGUUUUCAUGAUCAUUUCUAUGAUCAUAGUUGGAUUAAUAUUGAAACGUGAAAAGGUAAAAAGUGAAGAGGGUUUCGGAGCUAUCGUUUUAACUAUUGGUAUCAUGAGUCAACAAGGAGCGUAUUUCUUUCCAAAAAAUUUGGCCGGUCGUAUAGCAGUGGUACAGAUAUUACUUUUCAGCUGGAUGAUGUAUAAUUAUUAUUCCUGUAGUAUUGUAUCGGCUCGUUUGAGCGAACCAUUCGACAAAAUAGAAGAUUCCGUUGCGGUACUUGCCGACACGCAUAUGCGUAUUGCGGCAGAAGCUGUACCAUAUUUGAAUUAUCUAUUGAAAAAAUGGAAUUGGGAAUCAGAUUAUUUUAGGAAGAAACGUUGGGACCCGUUGCCUCUAUCAAAAAGAUAUUUGCCUAUAGAAGAAGGUAUCAGACAAGUUGGUCAAGGUGUCCUUGCUUAUCACACAGAUCCCAACACAGCUUAUCCUUACAUUGAAAAGAUGUUUGAUUCGAAUCAGAUAUGUCAGCUGACGGAAAUUCAUCUUUUCAAGGAAUCAGUCAUGGGAAUGUAUUCUAGUCACAAUGCACAAUUCUUAGAAGUAGCGAGAGUAGGUCUGAUCAAAAUGCAAAGCACAGGUUUGCGAAAUCGACAAAUUAAAUAUUGGUCCUCGAAAAAACCUCAAUGUCAACAGGACGCUUUGUCCACAAGAAGUAUUACUAUUUACGAAACAGCUCCGGCCUUCAUUCUAAUUACGUUAGGUAUCCUAAUGUCAGGUGUUAUUUGCUUGACAGAAAAUAUUUACUUCUAUCGAUUCACACAGUAUAGACAUGUUCCUAAAGAAAAAGUAAUAAUAAUGUUUACGAAGGGCUUCCUUCAUUUUCAAUUUGUUUUUCUCGUUUUUGCACAAAGUAACGAAAUUAUUCGUGAUUAUUUCAUUUAUAAAGGAAUACCUACUGUCGUUGGAUUUUCCUGCGGGGAUAUUAUUAAUGAUUUUCAGAUGACCAAGAUGUUAAACGAAGUAGGAAUUUCGAUAUCAAUAAAAGGGCCAUCGGCAAAAUUUAAUUUCUUACGAUUCUUAAACGUUAACUAUUGGAAAUUAGGUGUUUUCGUAGAUUUACGUUGCCAGGAUCAAAAUGCCACGACGAUUUUUGACCAAAGUACUGGCUAUCGUAUGUACGAUUAUGCAUACAAUUGGUUCGUAUUGGCACCAAAUAUAAGCUAUUGUUUGUAUAAAUUGAAUGAUACUGCCUUCAGCGUUACCACCGAUUUUGUUGUUUCCGUACCGAAUUAUGAUUAUUACGAAUUAUACGAUAUAUAUAAUCCUAAUAAGGAACGUGGUGGUAGAGUCAAUAUAACAAGAUACGCAACAUGGAAUAAAGAUAAUGGAUUAAAGGUAUUUUUAUUAGAAACAAAAAUUUUGAGAAGAUGGAACUUUCAUAAAUUGAAAAUCAUUGUAUCCAGUGCUAUAGAACAUAAACCUAAAAAUGUUCCUUUAUUAGAUUAUUUGGAAGAUCAUGAUAAUAUUACUUUGGAAGAUUGGCCUAAAAUCGGUUUUACUUUAGUACAACUUGUAGCCAACAUAUUUAAUUUCAGCAUGCAUGUCAAAGGAUUCACUUCUUGGACGGACUAUACUAACGGCCCUAUGAUGGAUUCUUUAAUCGAAGGAACAGUAGACAUUGGAUAUCAACCCUCUCUUGUAAUUCAUAAAAGACUCGAUGUUGCUAAAAUCCUUAUGGAAAUUAUGCCUGCACGUACAUGUUUUAUGUUUCUAACAUUACCAUCGACAACGAUCCAGUUUAAUAAUAUUUUUCGGCCAUUAACUUGGACUUCCUGGUACAUGAUUUUCUUUUUUUUCAUUAUUUCUUUUUUGAUCUAUUCAUUUAUCAUAAAAUCGGAUAGUAUUAAAAAUAAGGAUUAUGGAAGUUCAUUAUUAACUACAUUGGGCGCGAUAUGUCAACAAGGUGCACAAAAUAUGCCUAUUAAAUUUGCCAGUCGUAUUGCUCUGUUUCAAAUUGGUGUUUAUGGCUUGUUAAUAUACAAUUAUUAUUCAGCAGCAAUAGUAUCGGCGCGUUUAAAUAUACCGAAUAACAAAUUAAAUGAUUCGUUAUACAAAUUGGUAGCUAGCAAAAUGAAAUUGGCAUCGGAGAAUACCGUCAUUACAAAUAUUAUAUUACAGGAUCAUAAUCCGGAAAUGAUAUAUUUUAAAAAUCAUUGGUCGAAAAUACCACAACAGAAGAAAAUUAUGAGCGUGGAGACAGGAAUAAUAAAAAUAAUGCAGGGUGGUUUUGCUUAUCAUGGUGUUCCUGAACAUGCAUACUAUUACAUAAAUAAUUAUUUCGAUCAAAAGAUGAUAUGUCAAUUAACAGAAAUUCAUUGGCUUCGACCGACCAGAGCAGCUCUUUAUACGAAUCGAAAAGGACAUUAUCACGAAGUAGGAAAAAUAGGACUCAUGAAAAUCUUUAGCGCGGGUCUUCUUAAACGAGAAUUAAAAAGGACCUUCACUCAAAAGCCCUACUGUCAAAAUGACGUAACUUCUGUAGAAAGCGUAACUAUAUACGAGACUGCUCCAAUCAUAAUUCUUUUGAUAUGCGGAAUAACAUUAUCUAUUAUUAUUUGUUUAAUAGAAAAUAUUAUAUUCCGGAUAACAAAAACUAAGCAAUUCAAUAUAAUGAGGAAGUGCUAAUUAUAUUGAUGAAAAAAAUGGGAUUGAGAGAAAAUAUUGAUGUAACAGUACUUUUCAAAAAUAAAAUUAAGUAGACCAAUUAUUUCAAUGCCAUCAUCACUUUAAUAUAAGAUCUCUGAUUAUAUUUAUCUUUUCUUUUGCAAAAUAAGCACAAUUUGCAAUAUUAGAAAAAAAGCAGAGAUAUAAUACAUAUAUAAUUGUCAAAAUUUUAUUAAUAGGAUAUUUCAUAGCAAUUGUGUGAAACAAAAAUCUUCGUCUCUCUACAAAUAUUAUUUUUAAAAGUUAAAAAUUAAACCUUGCAUGAGAUACAAUAUGAUCCAUACUCAAAUAAGUAUCAAAAAAAUGCAUAAAAUGUUUAUCUCUUGUGUUACUUGAAGGUAAUUUGUUCCUGAUAUAAAAAAAGAACUAUAUGCAUAUAUGUAUACAUGUAUUUUACUAAAUAUAUAUAAUAGUAUAUUUGUAUUAAUAUUAAUAGUAUAUCUAUAAC